AUAGGAAAUUCAUCUAUUCUGCAGUAAAAAUGCGUGAAAUAGCAAACAAGUCAACUUUCCAGCAAAUUAAGUUAGUAAGGAAGUAUUUAAAGCUGAAAGUGCUCGAAGAUAACAUUACAUUUAGGAAGCACGAGAAAGCUAGAACUCAUGUAUACGAUAUAAUGCGGAGGACUAUUUCUGCUGGUGAAUCGCACUCUGCUCUUAUGAUAGGACCUCGGGGAAGUGGUAAAACCACUCUGAUAAACUCUGUGCUAAAUCAGCUAUCCAACGAAGUAGACUUGGCAAAUGAUGCAAUCAUCGUGAAAUUGAAUGGAUUGGUUCAUCACGACGAGAAGAUCUCUCUCAAGGCUAUUACCGCACAGAUGCAACUAGAAAACGCUAUUGACGGCAAAGUGUUUGGCACGUUUGCAGAACAACUAAGCUAUCUACUUAGUUGUCUCACCAGUGGCAACGACAGACAAUGCCGCAGCAUGAUAUUUGUACUCGACGAGUUUGACAUGUUCUGCCAUAGCGGUCGCACGCAGACAUUGCUGUACAAUCUUUUUGACAUCACACAUGCGAAGCAAGCACCUAUGUGCGUCAUGGGUAUAACAAACCGCAUCGACGUAAUGGACCUUCUAGAGAAACGUGUAAAAUCGCGUUUCUCACAUCGUCAUAUAUUUAUCUUUCCAAACGACGGGUCUUCUCCGUUGGAGAAUUUCAAAGACAUUUUCAGCAGUCUGUUGAGUUUGCCCGUUGUGAAACAUAGUAAGAAACGGAGAAAGAGUUCUGUGCACCCUGAAGUUCAAAUGGAAAUAGAUCAAGAUAAAUCAGUUUCUCUACCAAUGGCAGCGCUUGACAAGUGUAAAGUGACCCCUGAAACAUUUACGGCAUUGGAGCCUACGUUUGUCGAAGAUUGGAACGCGCAUAUUCACAGUUUGAGUGAAAAUGAGAAAGUUAUUGAUGCUUUAGAAAAAUUCUGUUACUAUAAUGUUAAUGAACAGGUUUUUAGGAAUUUAAUGUUCACUCAAAUCUGCAAACUCGGACCAUCAAAGCACUACCUGGAAUCAGCAGAUUUCACCCAAGCCAUAGACAACAUAGUCUGUCCCGAAUAUAGAAUAAAAUUACUACAGUCAUUGUCUAUAUUGGAGUUUUCUUUACUAAUCGCUAUGAUGCAUGGAAGCGCUAUUUUUGACGGACAACCUCUGAAUUUUGAAAUGGUUUUGCACAGGUACACAAAAUUUGCGCUAGCAAACUCAACAGCCCAAACGGUACCUCGUCCGGUUAUAUUGAAGGCAUUCGAACACCUGCAAGAGCUGGAGUUGAUCGUGCCCGUUAGAGGUGACCAUGGAACUGACGUUGGCGGUGUCCAAAAAGAGUAUAGACUUCACGCUUUAUCAGUCCCAGCUGUGGAAAUCAAAGAAGCCGCAAAAGGAUUCAAGGCAUUACCAACCGAAAUUAUGCACUGGGUUAAUAACGAGUUUUAAUUUAAAUAAAUCAUAAUUUUUUACAUUUGUUUGUAUUUCUACCAUUUUUAUUUACCCGGCUACAC